AGGCCAUGGGUGAUAAAAGUGAAAGCAGGGCAGUCAGUACACAGAAAAGGAAGCAUCCAGUGGAAGGAACUGCCAAAACAAAAAUGGAAGUGCAAUUAUUCACAUGUGAAUUCCUACCUGUCUGCAAUUUGGUUAUUUAAAGGUGGGUUUAUGCACUUAGAGCAAGAUGUGGUUGGUAAGAAGACUAAUUAGUUGCAGAAGGAAACGUUUUGGCUAUGAAAUGCAGGAGCUGAGGAGGCACCAUGGAGCUUUUACAUUGUUGAUAUUGGUUCUUGGGGUAUAUAGCAGGUAGAUAUUAAUUAGUCGAGGAAGAAUCACUGAUCUGCUCUGUAAGGUAGGGGUGGCGUUCAUGGAUCUGUUUCGUGUUGUUGUCGAGAUGUUGAUCGUAUUUAUGGCUGGUAGAUGAUGGUGGAGUAUAUUUAGGUCUCCAGUCCUCACAGUGGUUCGUAUGAGUAACUAUUUCCCAUAAGAAAAUAAAAAAGAAACAUCCAUUAAGAUAGAAGUGAUCAUGGAUGAAGAGAAGUUUGUAGUUUCUCCAUUUUCUGCAGCACACCUUCUACAGCAGUCCCUUAGAAGCAUAUGUACACAGGGAAACUCUGACUGGAUCUACGCAGUUUUCUGGAGGAUCCUGCCCAGAUAUUAUCCACCACCCAAGUGGGAUGAAGAUGGAGGAAGUCAUCGUAUGUCUAGAGGAAGCCAAAGAAACUGGAUUUUGGUGUGGGAAGAUGGAUUCUGCAAUUUCUCCAGCGGCAUGACCAAAAGUUCAAGUUUAGAGCCGAGGCUUUUUUUCAGAAUGGCACAUGAAAUCUAUAACCUUGAAGACGGAUUGAUUGGAAGAGUUGCUGCAAAUAACAGCGAAAAGUGGAUUUUCUGUGAUCUGCGCCAUAAUUUAGCUGACUCACUACCAAGAUCAUGGGAAGCACAGUUUCAGGCCGGAAUUCAGACAAUUGCCUUGGUCUCAGUAGGAGGAGGAGUACUUCAGUUAGGAUCGCUUUCAAAGGUACUUGAAGAUUCAGACUUCAUUUCUCGCAUAAGAAGAAGUCUCAUCUACCUGCAAAGCAUACCGGGAGUCCUUCUGCCACACCCUCCCUCUCUUAGUUACGCAACAGGAACUGCACCGCUUGUAUCUUUACCCAUAGAAAAUCAACUCCACAGCUACUCUGGAAUAUUUCGCAAUAUUCCAAGCGAGCAUACAAGCUUUGCUGCUCAAGAUCACGAAAUUCUGCCCUCCAUGAACAGCCUUGAGGCCCUUCUCUCGAAGCUCCCAUCUGUAGGCCAGCCAUCAUCUUCAACAUCUGCACCUUCACAUGGCUGCGUUGAGAAGGCCGUGGAAUUUAUUCAUGAAGACCAAGACGGCCAUUAUUCCAUGGGCGAGCUAAACAACAGUUGGGGCCCGUAGGUGUUGAUCAUGAAAAGGAUGUGGACAUGGUUUAGAUCAUUGCGGCAUUGACUUGCUUUCUAAGUUCUGGUGAUGUUGACUCUGGACUAGAUCUUACAGAUCCGUUUCCCUCUAAAUGAGAGGGAGAGGUUGGAGCCUAGUGUUGCAGAUGCCUAGCUAUUCCGUUCACCCAUGUUUGACUGAGAUAGUUAAUGUUAUUUUCACUUUGAAA